AUGCUGAAAAAAUGCCGCGGGGAAGCUGUAACAGUUCUGCGGUACUAUUAUUCGGACACACUUCGCGACCUAAGUUCGACAUUGGAAUCCUCUGUGUCCCAGCUGCGCCAGUCUCUUCAGGACGCUCAGGCACAGACUCUCCGAGUGUACCAAGAUGCUGCAACUGCUAGCAGCCAGCCCCAACAAUCCCCCCAUACGCGUGCCAAGCCAGUGAAGCUUCAUGUCACCAAGUUUGACUCCGACGCUGACAGGCUCCUCCGGUGGAUCGUACAAGUCGAGACCGCGGCCGAUGCGCUGUGCAUCACCCGCGAGUCUACACGUGUGGCGUUUACCCUUUCCCAUCUCAAGGAUCAGGCGGAAGACUGGGCCGAUGAUGGAGACCUCAACCUUUUGUCCUCGUCCACUGCAGACGAAUCUGUCCUGCCCAACCCAGCGGAGUCCCAGACGUGGGCUUCUCUCCGCUCGAACCCGUUCUUCGACCUCCUUGAUGAAUUCAAGGAUGUAUUCCCCGACGACGUUCCCUGCCGGCUACCCGUCGACAAGGGCAUACGCCACGAAAUUGACCUCGUGCCCGGCACGAAGUAUUGCGUUACUCGCCAAUGGCCGCUUCCACGUGAUCAAGUCGAUGCGAUCGACGCCUUCUUUGUGGCUCGUAAAGCCGCCGGCCAUAUUCUCGACAAACGACCUGCGCGAUGGAUUCUAUCACCUUACCUCGCGUUCGCGCCGCAUUCCUACGCGAACAGCGAUCCGCGCGACAAGCUCGGCGGGUAA